AUGGCCCUUCAAGGCAUCCGAAUUGAUGGCAUCCGUUUGCGCGACUCAAGUGAUCGAGAGGUGACCUUCAGAGGUAUCAACGUUGCCGGCGAUUGCAAGUUCCCUCGUUAUCCGGAUCAACCAUCCCAUAAGUCGGACGAUUUCUUUGACGGUGCCGAGAAUGUUUCAUUCGUUGGACGACCAUUUAAUGAGGAGGAGGCACACGUUCACUUUGCGAGGUUAAAAAGAUGGGGUUAUAACGUUGUUCGAUACAUUUUCACAUGGGAGGCUUUGGAGCAUGCCGGCCCUGGGAAGUAUGACGAACCAUUUAUCGAGCAUACGAUCAAAAUCUUGAGAAUCGCAAAAUCAUAUGGUCUCUAUGUAUUCAUGGACCCACAUCAGGAUGUCUGGUCAAGGUUCAGCGGUGGCUCAGGAGCUCCUCUUUGGACCCUAUAUGCCUGCGGUCUUGAUCCCAGAACCUUUACUGUCAAUCAAGCUGCCGUCGUUCACAAUACAUGGCCAAACCCUGCAGAAUAUCCCAAAAUGCUAUGGCCUACGAAUUAUACGCGUUUAGCGUGUGAGACAACAUUUACCCUCUUCUAUGCUGGAAAAGACCUGGCGCCGAAUGCCAUUAUUGACGGAAAGAAUAUUCAAGAUUACCUCACAGAUCACUUCAUUGGGGCUUGUGCACACCUCGCACAACGCAUCCAUGAAGCAGGUGGGCUAGAAGACGAAUGUAUCAUCGGGUGGGAAACCAUGAACGAGCCGCAUCGAGGACUGGUCGGAUGGGAGGACCUAGAUGCCUUGCCGGACGAAUUAAAGAUGAGGAAAGGCACAUGUCCUACUCCAUGGCAAGCCAUUCUUACAGGGUCUGGUCGUGCCGUGGAGGUUGAUGUAUACGCUUUCAAUACUUUUGGGCCGUAUAAAAGUGGGAGAGAGCUGAUCGACCCAGAAGGUGUACAGGCCUGGUUGCCAAAAGAUUAUGAUGACACGAAAUAUGGGUGGAAAAGGGACCCUGGCUGGAAACUCGGCGAAUGUCUGUGGGCACAGAAUGGCGUGUGGGACCCAACUCAGGAUUUGCUGUUGAAGAAAGACUACUUCGCUAGCAUACCCAAGUCUGGUGAGAAGCUGGACUACGAGAAAUUCACCAACCUCUACUACAUGCAUCACUUCCGCAAAUACAGAGAUGCUAUUCGAGCAAUUCACAAGAACUCUAUCAUUCUAGUCCAGUCAGCUGUCCUAGAAAUUCCCCCGAACAUCAAAGGCACGCCUGAUGAUGAUCAACGAUUGAUCUUCGCAACGCACUACUAUGAUGGUGUUACACUAAUUCAAAAGCAUUGGAACAAGUUUUACAACGUCGACAUCUUCGGCCUUCUACGGCAUCGUUACUCCAAUCCAGUGUUCGCUGUGCGGCUUGGCGAGACUGCCAUUCGAAACUGCCUCCGGGAUCAGUUGAUCGCUAUCAGGGAGGAAGGCAUGCAAUACUUGGGUAAUCAUCCCACAUUGUUCACAGAGAUUGGUAUUCCAUAUGAUAUGGACGACAAAUAUGCAUAUAAGACAGGGGACUACUCAAGUCAAACCUCGUCGUUGGACGCCAACCACUUUGCGGUCGAAGGUUCAGGUGCUCAGGGGUUCACGUGGUGGACAUACGUUGGCCAGAACAACCACCAAUGGGGCGAUAUGUGGAAUGGCGAGGAUUUGUCCAUUGUAUCUCUUGACGAUCAACUAUUACCCAGCGGCUCAUCAACUCUACCAUCCGCCAACCCCUCCACACUCUCACUACCGCAGAAAAACCUGUCUUCCUCUGACACAACCCUCACCGAACCAACAGUGACACCAGCAAACCUCAAGAAUGCUCUCCGGAGUCCUUCCAUCACUCAACAACGGUCUAAUGCACCAUCCGACUCAACCUCGAAUCCUAACGGCCUCCGAUCUGCUGAAGCUUAUGUACGUCCCUCACCCAUCGCUACGGUGGGUGACGUUGUUAGCUACGGCUUUGACCUUCGUAGCGCAACCUUCAAAUUCAGCCUUACGGCACCGAAUCCUACAACAGAAGACGUCCCGACUGAAAUCUUCCUCCCAGAGUUCCACUACCCCUCAGGCAAAAUUGACGUCAGUGUCACGGGUGGUCGAUGGAGGAUUGAUGUGGUUGAUGUUGACGGUGAGGGCAUGCAAAUCAUGAAAUGGUGGCAUGGUGCUGGCGAACAAAGUAUCACUGUCAAGGGUGUUGUUAGAAAAGCCGGUACACUCCAGGUGGACGAGGAUGCUGAAGCCGGGUACUUUGAGACGAUGACCAAGACUGUUCAGAAUUGUUCGGUUAUGUGA